UGAUACCGAUAUUUACAAUCGUUUGGCAAAAUCGUAUGGUUGAUUAGUGCGAAUGUAACAUUUAACAGCCCCACAUUAUUAUUUAUGGUUUGAGUUGAGCGGUUUGCUCCAGUUAUAUUAUAACCAAACGGUGUAUGAGCUGUUUAAUAAACUGACACUUCGCCUUUUCCUCCUCAGCUGGUCAUUUAGUGAGUAGCUAGCUAGCAACUAGCCUCACCAGCUGGUAGCUAUGGCUGCAGUUAUCCUGAGUUUCCCAACUCUGCAGGGCCUGAGGAUAUUUACACAAAAAUUGUCAUGGACCAAAAGAGGCGUGAGGUUCGUUUCAGGAGAGGUGGGAAGGAUCGAGAAGGUGCUGAUUGCCAAUCGAGGAGAGAUUGCGUGUCGUGUGAUGCGCACGGCCAAGAAGAUGGGCGUCCGCUCUGUGGCUGUGUACAGCGAUGCAGACAGACACUCCAUGCAUGUGGCCAUGGCAGAUGAGGCCUACCACAUUGGCCCUGCUGCCUCCCAGCAGAGUUACCUCUCGAUGGAGAAAGUUUUGGAAGUGGCCAAGAAGUCUGGAUCCCAUGCGGUCCACCCUGGUUAUGGCUUUCUGUCAGAAAACACAGAGUUUGCGGAGGCAUGUAAACAGGAAGGAAUCAUCUUCAUUGGGCCGCCUUCCUCUGCCAUCCGAGACAUGGGCAUUAAAAGCACAUCCAAAUACAUCAUGUCAGCUGCCGGGGUGCCGAUCAUUGGUGGUUACCAUGGAGAGGACCAAUCAAAUGAGAGGCUUCAGGCAGAGGCUGCCCAGAUAGGAUACCCUGUGAUGAUUAAGGCAGUCCGUGGAGGAGGAGGGAAGGGUAUGCGUAUUGCACAGUCAGGCUCAGUCUUCUUGGAGCAGUUGGAGUCGGCGAGACGAGAAGCCAGACAAUCGUUCAACGAUGAUGUCAUGCUGGUUGAGAAGUUUGUAGAGGAUCCCAGACAUGUGGAGGUUCAGGUGUUCGGGGACAUGCACGGUAACGUUGUCUAUCUGUUUGAGAGAGACUGCAGCGUCCAAAGGAGACAUCAGAAGAUCAUAGAGGAAGCACCAGGGCCUGAUAUUAGUCCUGAGGUUCGGAGGAAACUUGGUGAGGCAGCAGUUAAAGCAGCCAAGGCUGUCAACUAUGUAGGGGCAGGUACGGUGGAGUUCAUAAUGGACGCCCAGCAUAAUUUCUACUUCAUGGAGAUGAACACCAGGCUGCAGGUGGAGCAUCCUGUCUCUGAGAUGAUAACCGGAACUGACCUGGUGGAGUGGCAGCUCAGGGUGGCAGCAGGGGAGCGCCUGCCUCUCCUCCAGGAUGACAUCAUUUUAAGGGGACACUCUUUUGAGGCUCGUAUAUACGCCGAGGACCCAAACAAUGACUUCCUUCCAGGGGCGGGGCCUCUGCUGCAUCUCUCCACCCCUUCAUCAGACCAGCACACACGCAUAGAGACUGGAGUCAGGGAAGGGGACGAGGUGUCGGCACAUUAUGACCCAAUGAUUGCCAAGCUGGUGGUUUGGGGAGAAGACCGAUCUGCUGCCUUAAAGAAGCUGCGGUACGGCUUACGACAGUACAAUAUCGUGGGACUGAACACUAACAUUGACUUUUUGCUGAGUCUUUCGGGCCACCCGGAGUUCGAGGCCGGAAACGUGACCACCAGCUUCAUCCCUCAGCACUACGCGGACCUUUUCCCCCCUCCGAAGACUCCUUCUGGGGAGACGAUCUGCCAGGCGGCCCUGGGCCUGGUGCUGCAGGAGAGGAAACACACACAGGAGUUCACACAGACAUCCACCGACCCCUUCUCCCCAUUUGGCUACAGCAGCGGUUGGAGAAGCAACAUUCAGUUUAACAGAAACUUGACGCUCCAGCUGGGAGACAAAAAAGUGGAUUUGGUCGUUGUGUACAACAAAGAUGGAAGCUUCACAAUGCAGGUUGGCGAGGAGGUGUACCAUGUGACCGGGGAGCUGGAGGUGGAAGGUGGAGCGUCAUUCCUUCACUGUUCUGUCGAUGGCGUGAAGUCUCGUCCCAAACUGGUGAUACUGGACAACACAGUGCACCUGUUCUCCACGGAGGGGAGCGCCCAGGUGUCUGUUCCAGUGCCCAAGCAUCUGGCUGGUGUGAGCAGCGCCGGGGCUCAAGGUGGAGCUGUGGCUCCCAUGACUGGAACCAUCGAGAAGGUGAUGGUGAAGGCCGGAGACACGGUGGCUGUAGGAGACCCGCUGAUGGUCAUGAUCGCCAUGAAGAUGGAGCAUACGAUCCGGGCGCCAAAGUCGGGUGUGAUCAAGAGGGUUUUCUUCACCGAGGGCUCUCAGGCCAAUCGCCACGCUCCUCUGGUCGAACUGGAAGAGGAGGCGGAGGAAGGCGAGGGGAGCAGCCAGUAAAUGGACUCGAACACACACACACACACACACACACAUAUGAAUACACACCGACAGGUAGGAGAGAGACGGAGCUAGUUACUGUGACAGCUGCAGGGAAAGUGAGUCAGUCUGAACACAGCUGGUGUCCAUCACUUGAUUAGUACUUCUGAAGAUGCGAGUCAGAACCUGAGGCAUCUUUUGAGUCUGGUUCAGUCUGGAAUGGAUUAGACAAAUACGUUCUCUGUAGGGACCCAGCGUGCAGACAGGAAGCCCAGAAACGGUUGCAGUGACCUGAAAUGUUGCUGGGUUUGACUUGUGUGACAGCCGCUGCGUUAACGCCACAAUAAUGUGUUCUGCACACGGUUCAGAAUAUUACUUUUAUGUUGAUUUUGUAGAACUUUUUCUUUGUUCCCCUCUCUUGUGUGUUCAUAUGUUUUGAAUCAGUGAAGCUCUGGCAACUUGUGUUUUACACAUUCUUUGUCCAAGUCUCCUCUCUGCGUGUUAGUUUAAGAGUCGGGUUGCGUAUUCUCUUGUUCAGUACAGUUUAAUGCACUUUGUACAGAUGAGGUUGGCGGCUGAGUGUCCUCCUCACGCACACGCUGUGUACUUCUUAAUCUUUACACGGGACAACGUCGAAUAGUUGUUUGCAAGCAAAUCUUAGGCAGAAAAUGAAAAGUAGAUGGCAAGUGUGAAAUCAGACACACAGUUAAACAUUUACAUGACCUCUUUAAAAAGUGCAAACUAUCAACUUCUAAUGCUUAAUAACAGCUUUGACUGGGAUAAAAAAGGCCAUUAGGUUAUUGUCACGGUCCAGUAAAAUUGUGUCCAUUUGUAAAUGUUCUGAUUAUCAAACACUCCUGUUUUCUAAGUUUAUAAAACUGUGCUACUGCUUGUAAAUAUCAUUCGACCUGGCGGUAUUUCAAAUGCGUUGUCACGAAGCUUAAAGCAAUACUGUUUUUCUUAGUCAUUUAGAAUUGACACGUUGAAGCUGCAUGGCUUUCACUGGACGGUGACCUUUAAGAGAAAAGAGAUCGAAUACAAACUUAUCUUUGGUGCGGGAAAAUAUUUAGAUAUUUAAAUAUUUAGAACUCUACCUGUUUCUGCUGAUCACUCUCUUCUUACUAACUGGUGUGUUAUGAGACCUUGUAGACUAAAACUGAUAAACACCUGUGUUCAUUUAGUAGAUGUGUGACAGAUGAUUAAAAAAAUAAAUAAUGGACGGAUCAGAUACUGUAAUAAAAACGUUUCUAAAGGAU